GCCUAUGCAUCUGGAUGCGACAUUGUAAUACUGGGAAGUAAUUUUGAAAGAUUACAGAUCAUCCCAGGCGCUAAGCAUGGAAAUAUCCAAGUGGGAUGUGUAGACUGUUCAAUGCAACAAGGCAAGAUUGCAGCAUCCUAUGGAAAUGUUAUCUCUGUUUUUGAACCAGUCAGUCUUCGGAAAAAAAGGAAAAAUUUGGAACUUUAUAGUCAGUGGCAGAAAAGUGGCCAGUUUUUUUUGGACUCAAUAGCACUUAAUAUAACUUGGGAUCCCACAGGUAAUCGUCUUUUAACUGGUUCUAGCUGUCUGCAGCUCUGGUGUAACAAUAACUCAAGGAAGCAAACUGAAGAUGAAAAUCCAGAUAGAACAAAUCUUAACUUUGGAGAUUGGGUGUGCAUUUGGCAUUGCAAAACUGCUUCCCAAGUCCAUUUAAUGAAAUUUUCACCAGAUGGAGAAUUUUUUGCCACUGCUGGAAAGGAUGACUGUCUUCUAAAGGUAUGGUAUAAUGUAGAAAACUGGCGACCAGCUGUUACCUCUCCAGAUAAAAAUUCAGAAAAACAAUCCCAAGGAGAAAUGGACUUUUCCUUUGUGUAUCUGGCCCAUCCACGAGCUGUAAAUGGAUUUUCCUGGCGUAAAACAAGCAAAUAUAUGCCAAGGGCUUCUGUAUGUAAUGUACUGUUGACUUGCUGUAAGGAUAAUGUGUGUCGUCUUUGGGUAGAAACAUUUUUACCAAAUGACUGCUUGCUGUAUGAAGGUGACUACAACCACUGGUGUGAACCAAUUAAUUUAACAAAUAACUUCAAGAGAAAUGCUUCCAGUAAAGACCGAGUUCAAAGUGCUCUAGAAGUAAAUCUGAGACCUUUCCGUAAAGGUCGGAGGAAAUCACUUGCUCUUGUAGCACAUACUGGCUAUCUGCCUCAUCAGCAGGAUCCUCACCAUGUCCACAGGAACACACCAUUGCAUGCCAAUGCACUUUGUCACUUUCAUAUUGCAGCCAGCAUCAACCCAGCCACAGACAUCCCACUUCUUCCAUCUAUUACAUCUUUAAGUUUAAGUGAAAAUGAAGAGAAGUGUGGACCUUUUGUGGUACACUGGUUAAACAAUAAAGAGCUGCAUUUUACAUUGUCCAUGGAAGUCUUCUUACAACAACUUAGAAAAAGUUUUGAACAGCCCUCAUCUGAGGCCAGCGUAGAAGACUCUAUUCAGGCAGAUAUAAAGUCUGAUGAAGAAAUGGAUGAUGGUAUUGAUGAUUUAAAAAUAAAUCAUGAAAAGAAGGAAUUGGGUGAAGAUAAAAUGUUAUCAAACUCAAAUUUUACACCAUUAUCAUCAGCUGCCAUUGACCAUCAGAUUGAAGUGCUUCUGUCUGAAUGGAGUAAAAAUGCAGACAUGCUUUUCAGUAUUCAUCCCAUGGAUGGUUCUUUACUAGUUUGGCAUGUAGAUUGGCUGGAUGAAUACCAGCCUGGUAUGUUUCGUCAAGUACAGGUGUCCUUUGUUUCCAGAAUUCCUGUAGCUUUCCCCACAGGCGAUGCAAACUCUCUCUGUAAAAGCAUAGUUAUGUACGCCUGUACCAAGAAUGUUGACUUGGCUAUUCAACAAGGAAAACAAAAACCUACUGGCCUCACUCGUUCCACAUCAAUGCUUAUCUCCUCUGGUCACAGUAAAUCAUCGAACAAUUUAAAAUUAAGUAUUUUUACUCCUAAUGUUAUGAUGAUUUCAAAGCAUGCUGAUGGUUCUUUGAAUCAGUGGCUGGUUAGUUUUGCUGAGGAAUCUGCUUUUUCUACAGUUCUUAGUAUUUCUCACAAAUCCAGAUACUGUGGUCAUCGUUUUCAUCUUAAUGAUUUAGCUUGCCACUCAGUAUUACCAUUGCUGUUGACAACUUCACACCAUAAUGCAUUAAGAACACCAAAUGUGGGUAACCAAAAGCAACCUCAUGACACUGUAAAUACUGAAGAAUGUUCCUUGACACAGCAAAAUACAAACAAUGUUGAUACGGCAUUUCAAGAUCCCAAUGCCAUUUAUAGUGAACUUAUUCUUUGGAGGGUUGAUCCAGUUGGGCCAUUAUCUUUUUCUGGAGGAGUGUCUGAGCUAGCCCGGAUUAAUUCUCUUCAUGUCUCUGCCUUUUCCAAUGUGGCAUGGCUCCCUACUCUUAUACCCAGUUACUGUCUAGGUGCAUACUGCAACUCUCCUAGUGCAUGCUUUGUAGCUAGUGAUGGACAAUAUCUGAGGUUAUAUGAAGCAGUUAUUGAUGCCAAGAAACUUUUAUAUGAGCUUUCCAACCCUGAAAUUUCUAAAUAUGUUGGUGAAGUGUUUAACAUCGUCAGUCAGCAAUCAACAGCCAGGCCAGGUUGCAUUAUUGCAUUAGAUCCCAUUACCAGGCUUCAUGGCAGAAAAACCCAGUUGCUUCAUGUUUUUCAAGAAGACUUCAUUUUGAAUAACCUUGAGAAGAAAAGUCUGGGAAAAAACAUUUUAUUGGAUCCAGGCAAUUCACCUCAUGGAUUUUCUGAAAAGUUCUACCUGGUUGUGAUAGAGUGCACUCAGGACAACCGUUCACUGUUACAAAUGUGGGAUUUACACUUAAGGUCCAUUCCUGUCUCACUGGAUGAAAAAACAGACACAAAACUAUCAGAAGCUGUUUGGCUACCAGAAGAGAAUUAUUCCUCUUCUCCAGAGAAGAUCCUAUCUCCAUUUUCACAGAGAUUCCAGGCAUGCAGAGCAAACCUUCAGAGCACCAGCAAGCUGUCCCUGUUCUCUGAAUUGGUGUACAGCAAAGAGAUGGAUUUGCCGGAAGGAGUGGAAAUAAUCAGUGUUAAGCCUUCAGCAGGACACCUGAGUUCAUCUUCCAUAUAUCCUGCAUGCAGUGCCCCUUAUUUAUUGGCAACUUCAUGCUCAGAUAAUAAAGUAAGAUUUUGGCGAUGCAGAGUAACAGAUGGAGAAUCGGCUACAUCAAAGAGUGGAAAAAUAGAUCUUGUAUAUAUUUGGGAAGAAUGGCCAUUACUCAUUGAAGAUGGACUUCAGAGCAAUAGUAGUAUAACUGUACCUGGUAGGCCUAUAGAAGUGAGCUGUGCACAUACUAAUCGUUUAGCAGUAGCUUAUAAGCAGCCUGCAUCUAAUAGUAAAUCUCAGGAAUUUGUGAUGCAUGUAAGUAUUUUUGAAUGUGAGUCUACAGGAGGUUCAUGUUGGGUCCUUGAACAGACAAUUCAUUUAGAUGAGUUAAGUACAGUGUUGGAUUCUGGCAUUAGUAUUGAUAGCAAUUUAGUGGCCUAUAAUAAACAGGAGACAUAUUUAUUCAGUAAAGAAAGUAUUACAUCAAGCACAAAACAUUUGGUUCAUUUAGAUUGGAUGUCUAGAGAAGAUGGUUCUCAUAUCUUGACUGUAGGAAUUGGCUCAAAACUUUUUAUGUAUGGACCCCUGGCUGGCAAGGUACAAGAACAAACUGGUAAGGAAAACCAGGCAUUUCCUCUCUGGGAGAGUACUAAAAUUGUACCUCUUUCUAAAUUUGUACUAUUACGAAGUGUGGACUUGGUUUCUUCUGUAGAAGGUGCCCCACCUUUUCCUGUUUCUUUAUCAUGGGUCCGAGAUGGCAUCCUUGUUGUAGGAAUGGAUUGUGAAAUGCAUGUAUAUUCCCAAUGGCAGCCAUCUUAUAAACAAGAACCUGUUACAACAGAUUCAUACAAUGGAAGCACUCCAUCUAUAGUAAAUUUAAUAAAACAAAGUAACUCAUCAAGUUCUGGACUACAUCCUCCAAAGAAAACCCUUACUCGAUCCAUGACCAGUCUUGCACAGAAAAUCUGUGGAAAGAAAACUAUGUUUGACCCUUCAGUGGAUAUGGAAGAUUCUGGUCUUUUUGAAGCAGCUCAUGUACUCUCCCCAACUUUACCUCAGUACCAUCCCUUGCAACUUUUGGAACUCAUGGAUCUUGGCAAAGUCCGGAGAGCCAAGGCUAUCUUAUCACAUCUUGUCAAAUGCAUUGCUGGGGAAGUUGUGGCUCUGAAUGAAACUGAAUCCAAUCAUGAGCGCCGCCUUAGGUCUCUCACCAUCAGUGCUAGUGGAAGCACCACCAGAGACCCUCAGGCAUUCAACAAAACUGAAAACACAGAUUACACAGAGAUAGACUCUGUCCCUCCACUUCCUUUGUAUGCCUUACUUGCAGCAGAUGAUGAUAGCUAUUGCUCAUCUUCGGAAAAGUUUAGUAAUGAAAGUUCCUCAAGUAAAAACAACCAUGUAUCAAAAGAAAGUUAUGAUGAGCUUUUCCAGACUUCAGUUCUGAUAUCUGAGAGUCACAUGUUGGAGACAGAUGAAGAAAAUACGAAGCCCAAAGUUAUUGACCUUUCACAAUACAGUCCAACUUAUUUUGGUCCUGAGCAUGCGCAAGUUCUUUCUGGCCAUUUACUGCAUUCUAGUUUACCAGGGCUCACUCGGAUGGAACAAAUGUCUUUGAUGGCCUUAGCAGAUACAAUUGCAACUACAAGCACUGAUAUUGGAGAAAGCAGGGACAGAAGUCAAGGUGGAGAAACUCUAGAUGAAUGUGGAUUAAAGUUUCUUUUGGCUGUUUGACUUCAUUUGUUUCUUACAACUUCCCUUUCAGCCUAUCGAGCUCAACUCCUUCACCAAGGCCUCUCUACUGGUCAUUUUGCGUGGGCAUUUCAUUCCGUAGCAGAAGAAGAAUUGCUGAAUAUGUUGCCAGCCAUGCAGAAAGAUGAUCCUACUUGGUCUGAACUGAGAGCAAUGGGUGUGGGCUGGUGGGUUCGCAAUUCUCGAAUCUUGCGCAAAUGCAUAGAAAAAGUAGCCAAAGCAGCCUUUCAUAGGAAUAAUGAUCCUUUAGAUGCUGCAAUUUUCUACCUUGCAAUGAAAAAAAAGGCUGUGAUUUGGGGAUUAUAUCGAGCUCAAAAAGACACCAAAAUGACACAGUUUUUUGGACACAAUUUUGAGGAAGAGAGGUGGCGUAAAGCAGCUUUGAAAAAUGCCUUUUCUUUAUUAGGCAAGCAGCGGUUUGAACAUUCAGCAGCUUUUUUUCUUCUAGGUGGUUGCCUCAGAGAUGCAAUUGAGGUGUGUCUUGAGAAACUGAAUGACAUUCAGUUGGCUCUUGUAAUAGCAAGACUCUUUGAGUCUGAAUUUGAUAAGUCUGCAACAUACAAAUCUAUUUUACGAAAAAAAGUUUUGGGAAUUGGCUCUUCAGUCAAUGAACUCAGUUCAUCGAACAUAAAUGCACAUCGUGACCCCUUUCUUCGGAGUAUAGCACAUUGGAUUUUAGAAGAUUAUAGUGCUGCUUUGGAAACAUUAAUAAAGCAACCAUUUACAGAAGAUGAAGAUCAAGUCAUGAUGUCAGCCUGUAAUCCUAUGGUUUUUAAUUUCUACAAUUAUCUAAGAACACAUCCACUUUUGCUAAGACGUCAUUUUGGAUCAUCUGACACAUUUUCAAAGCAAAUGGCUUUAACAGGAAAAAGUGGACUGGCAGGAACAAUUAAUCUAAGUGAAAGAAGAUUAUUUUUUACUACUGCCAGUGCUCACCUAAAAUCUGGCUGCCCCAUGUUGGCUUUGGAAGUAUUGUCAAAAAUGCCCAAAGUUAUCAAGAAAACAAAACACUUUUGUAGAGCAUCUAGUUUUUAUACUAGUAAAGAUUCUUCUCCAUUACAAUCGGAUACAAGAGAAGAUAAGUCUUCUGCUGUUGACUGGUCACAGUCAGUGAUGAAUGGUUUUGAAUCUUCUUCAGAGGGUUCCUCAGAGAGACAGUCAAACUCCACCUUUUCUUUUGAUUGGAGCCAACCAAGUAUGGUAUUUCAGGAUGACUCUUUGGAGUUGAAAUGGGAUAGUGAUAAUGAUGAAGAAAAUGAAGAUCCUCCUAUUUCAAUGAAAGAAAUAAAACCUUUGCCAAGAAAAACAGAUAAAAAAUUAGACGAAUUAAAUAGUUACACUGACUCUUUAAGCACACUAGAUGAAGGUGAUAUUUUAAAUCCAUCAGAAGAUAUAAUUGCUGUUCAACUAAAAUUUAGAGCAUGUUUAAAGAUUCUCACAGUGGAACUUCGUACUUUAUCUACUGGCUAUGAAAUAGAUGGUGGGAAAUUGCGUUACCAACUCUACCACUGGCUUGAAAAAGAGGUGGUAGCUCUUCAGAGGACUUGUGACUUUUGCUCAGAUGCAGAACAGCUGCAGACCACAUUUACUCAAAAUACAGGGGAAUCUGGAUUAAGUGAGGAUAUUGAUCAUUUGCAUCACCAAACAAAAGUGAAACAACAGAGAGAAAGUUUCCAGGAAAAAAGACAGUGGCUCUUGAAGUAUCAGUCACUCUUGAGAAUGUUUCUUAGUUACUGCGUACUUCAUGGCUCUCAUGGUGGGGGUCUUGCAUCUGUGAGAAUGGAAUUAAUUUUACUUUUACAAGAAUCUCAGAAGGAAACAGCAGAACCAAUAUUUCCUAACCCUCUGUCAGAACAAACUUCAGUGCCUCUUCUCUUUGCUUGUACAGCCAGUGCCAAAACAGUAGUUGCCAAUCCAUUGUUGCACCUUAGUAAUCUAACACAUGAUAUUCUACAUGCCAUAAUAAAUUUUGAUUCACCACCUCAUCCUGAUAGCCAAAGUAAUAAAGUAUAUGUAAUGCAUACUUUAGCAGCUUCACUUUCUGCUUGUAUUUAUCAGUGCCUUUGUGGUAGUCAUAACUACAGUUCAUUUCAGACGAAUCAGUUUACUGGAAUGGUGUAUCAGACAGUACUGCUUGCCCAUCGACAUUCUUUGAGAACAGGAAGUUUAGAUGAAUCAGUAACUCCCAACACAUCACCAGCUCAAUGGCCAGGAAUAAGUUGUCUAAUUCAGCUUUUGAAUUCUUCUGGUGAAGAAGCUCAAUCAGGACUUACAGUCUUGCUUUGUGAAAUUCUCACUGCAGUGUAUCUUAGUCUGUUCAUUCAUGGGCUGGCAACACAUUCUAGUAAUGAACUAUUUCGGAUUGUAGCCCAUCCCCUAAAUGAAAAUAUGUGGUCUGCAGUAUUUGGUGGAGGAGUACAGAUGCACUCAAAGGCCUCCUCUGUUGAAGGAGAAAAACAAAAUAAACACUUUAGUCCAUCAAAAGUAUCUUGCAGAGAAUCUUCUCCCAUAACCUCUUCCUCAGUAAAUCAGGAGUCACUGGCAGUCAAAGAGAAGUUCAUCCCACCCGACCUAAGUAUCUGGGACUAUUUCAUAGCCAAGCCUUUUCUACCCCCUUCCCAGAGUAGAGUGGAGUAUGAUUCUGAGGAGAGUCUAGAAAGUGAUGAUGAGGAUGAUGAGGAUGAUGAUACUUUCCCUUCUGAUCUCCAUCUCCGGGAACAUUCUAACUCAAAUUCAUUCAGUUGGUCAUUGAUGAGAUUGGCUAUGGUCCAGUUGGUGCUCAGCAAUUUGAAGACUUUCUAUCCCUUUGCAGGUCAUGAUCUUUCAGAACUACCUGUUAGUUCACCUCUUUGUCAUGCAGUUCUUAAAACUCUUCAGUGUUGGGAACAAGUUCUUCUCCGACGACUUGAAAUCCAUGGUGGACCUCCUCAAAACUAUAUCUCUAGUCAUACUUCUGAAGAGAAUGUGUCUGCGGGUCCUGCAAUACUCCGUCACAAAGCUUUACUAGAACCUACAAACACUCCUUUCAAAUCCAAAAAUCAUCUGGCACUGUCUGUGAAGAGGCUUUGGCAGUACUUGGUGAAACAGGAAGAAAUUCAAGAAACUUUUAUCAGAAAUAUAUUCACAAAGAAACGAUGUCUAAACGAGAUAGAGGCAGACUUGGGAUAUCCUGGAGGUAAAGCAAGAAUUAUUCAUAAGGAAUCUGAUAUCAUUACUGCCUUUGCUGUUAAUAAAGCAAAUAGAAAUUGCAUAGCAAUUGCCUCCAGCCAUGAUGUACAAGAACUGGAUGUUUCUGGAAUUCUGGCCACACAGAUCUAUACAUGGGUGGAUGAUGAUGCAGAAACAGAAACUAAAGGAUCAGAAGACUUCUUGGUGAUACAUGCUCGUGAUGAUUUAGCAGCUGUCCAAGGUUCAACCCCAUACACGCACAGCAACCCUGGCACUCCAAUCAAUAUGCCAUGGCUUGGAAGUACACAGACAGGCAGAGGAGCAUCUGUGAUGACAAAGAAAGCCAUUAAUAAUGUCAGAAGGAUGACAUCACAUCCAACUCUUCCUUACUAUCUGACAGGUGCUCAAGAUGGGAGUGUCAGAAUGUUUGAAUGGGGCCAUUCUCAGCAAAUAACCUGUUUUCGAACUGGUGGCAAUUCAAGAAUUACAAGAAUGAGAUUUAACUAUCAGGGAAAUAAGUUUGGAAUUGUUGAUGCUGAUGGAUAUUUAAGUUUGUACCAAACAAACUGGAAAUGUUGUCCAGUUACUGGGAGCAUACCUAAGCCAUAUCUGGCUUGGCAGUGUCAUAACAAGACAGCCAAUGAUUUUGUCUUCGUUAGUUCUUCCUCUCUGAUAGCUACAGCUGGUCUUUCAACUGACAAUAGAAACAUAUGUCUAUGGGAUACUCUAGUAGCACCUACCAAUAGUUUAGUCCAUGCUUUUACCUGCCAUGAUAGUGGAGCCACAGUUUUAGCAUAUGCUCCCAAACAUCAACUACUAAUAUCAGGUGGCAGAAAAGGUUUCACAUGUAUAUUUGACCUUCGACAACGGCAACAGAGGCAACUUUUUCAGAGCCAUGAUUCCCCUGUUAAAGCCAUUGCUAUUGAUCCAACUGAAGAGUACUUUGUUACAGGAUCUGCUGAAGGCAAUAUAAAGAUUUGGAGUCUUUCUACCUUUAGUCUUCUCCAUACUUUUAUCAGUGAACAUGCUCGACAGUCUAUUUUUAGAAAUAUUGGAACUGGAGUCAUGCAAGUUGAGACAGGACCAGCAAAUCACAUUUUCUCUUGUGGAGCUGAUGGAACAAUGAAAAUGAGGAUACUGCCGGAUCAGUUUAGCCCUUUAAACGAGGUGUUAAAAAAUGAUGUAAAAUUGAUGCUGUAACAUUUUCACAAGAGGGUGUGUGAUUUAUUACCUGCUUUGUGGAAGUGGCCAACAGAUACAGUAUGCAGUAAUCCCCUGUACUAAGGGUAAGCUAAUGCUUUUAUCCCCUGUACCAAGGGUAAGCUAAUGCAUUCUUGUUGUCAUAUUUAUUUUAUGGAGCUUUGCCCUUAAUGCACUGAUGCCUUAAAAGUUAACCGGUCAUUCAAAGUUAGAUCCUAUUACCUAACAUAGAAUGUAUAAGUAAUGCUGUAUUCAUACUUAUUUAUAGUAUAUUUUAGUAAAAUGUCAUCACAUUAAAGGAACUUUGUUUUCUCAUUGUUACAAACUCUUCUGCAGACCCCAGUGCAUGAAUAUUAUUGACAGUAAAACCCUUUAAGACAGGUGCCGAGAAAAUACUCAUCAUUUUAUUGACCACACUCACUACUUUGUUACACAGACAUCAUAAUUUUUUUUCUGUUAAUAAUGAGAAGUUUAUGUAUAGGUAAGAUAAGACAUCUCCAUUAAAACUACUAUUGGAACUUCCAUAUAAAAGAACCAAGGAGUUCAUUAGGGUUUUGCUCUUUCCCUUCUAUAGCCCAGAUGUGUGUAUGUAAAUGUAUUUAUGUGUAUGUAUAUAUAUGUGCAUAUGUAUAUAUAUAUUACACAUCUUAUUUGAUAUUGUAUAUAUACAAAAAGAAACUCCAAGUCUUUUAUGUGUUUUGUGCCAUAACACCUACUGCCACAAGUAUAAAACUUCACUUGCAACUGUUUUUUAAUAUAAUUUUUAAAAUUAUCACUUUAAUUUUCAAGUCACUUUUAGGAAGAAUUCAAAGAUUACUAUUUUAAAGAUAUUAAAUCAAAUAAGUCUCAGUAGGCAAUAAAGAUGUUAUGUGGCACAUAAGCAUUUACAUUUAUGAAUUUGUCACCAGUUUUUGAUGAUCAGUCAUUUUACUUAAAUUCUGUUUUAGUUUUAUGUUUUUUAGAUGAAUUUAGUCUCAAAAUUCUGAAAAUGUUAGAGCAGUGUUUUUAGAAACAUUGUGAAAAGAGUCAAAUUAAAUAGGUAGUAUUUACAAAUGUACAGUGCCCUCCAUAUCUACCAUUGAUAGGAAAUAAACCUUAUAUUUUAUUAUUUUUGCCAAAAUAUAUUAUUUAUUAUAAAAUUUAUCCAAAAUAUUUAAAAUUUACAAUGCUUCUAACUUAAAUAUACUAGCCCUAUUUCUGUUUGUUUCAUGCUAUACCUUUUCUGAUUCAGAAAUGUAAAAAAACUUGAUAAAUACUUGAUUCCUAGCCAAUGAGACUGGCAGUAGAUGGGGAUAAGUGUUUAAGGGACAGUUACAUAUUACUUAGCUUAAAUUUAUUUUUAGUUAGAACUGUAAAUGACCAUUUUUAUGUAAGGAAAUACGGAAAACUAUUAGGAGUUAAAGAGUCAAAGCAAAGAAAUGAAGGGCUGGUAAAUGAAUUUUGUAAUAUCCUCAGGAUACUUUUAUUAUAAAAGUAUAUUGUUAAAGGUUUUGUAAAUUGUAUUUCAUAAUUUUAAAUAUAGUGACAAGUUACAGUAAAAACACUGUCAUUAUAGAAAGUUUAUAUAUGCACAUAGUAACCUGUACCUAUAAAUUGUGCAAUAACAAUAUAUGACUAUUUUGCCAUGGAGAAAUCUGUGACAAUAUUGCAAAUAAUAUUAUUCUUUGAUGUAGCUAAGUUAUUUUUUAGUAAUCUCUUCACAAAUCAAGAUUCAAAAGGCUUUAAACACUUUCCUUAAGAAAGAAAAUUUAUCGUGUUUAUUAAAAACAAAAGGCUUUGGGUAUGAACUAUUGAGCAUUCUAAUUGAGGGUUUAUAUGAAUAACCACAUAUUAUGUAAGCCCAUAUGUAUUUACAUCCAGAGUCAUAUUUUAAAUAAACAAUCAUGUAGUGAUUUUUUUCGCA